GUGCUUAUAGUAUGAACUGCACCAUUCAGAAAAUUGCCCGCGUUCUCAAUGUUUAGCGCACGUGUUUUGAUAUUUUUCUGCAAAACUGCUCUGUUGAAAAGCGCAAACUGCUUCCAAUUAAACCCAGAUUAACGAUGCAAUUGUACGCGAAAUAGUUGACUAAAUUUAGACGACUGGGUUCAGUGUCAAGGGUUAGUUCUAAAGUGAAUGUACGCCAGUUCUAUUUAAGGACUAUCCCGUUGCUGCCCGAAGAACUAAUAACGACAAGAAAUUCCCCAAUAAAAUGUCAAAUAAAUUAAUUUGGGUUGACGAAGACGACAUGGAAAAAAGCCAACGACAACGGAACUUAGAUGAAGAAAACGACUUCGUAGAAAGAUCCAUGGAAGAAGGUGGAAAAUCCAUAAUGUUCCGGAUACCAGCCGAGCUGGAAGAAGAUCGUGGCGGAUGGGGCAAUAAACUGGACUUUCUCAUGUCCUGCAUCAGCUUGUCUGUAGGACUAGGAAAUGUUUGGAGGUUUCCAUAUCUCUGCUAUAAAAACGGAGGAGGCGCAUUUUUGGUGACCUAUUCAAUAGCAAUGGUAGUGUGUGGAAUUCCGAUAUUCUUCCAAGAAGUUGCCAUUGGCCAGUACUUGGGUUCCGGUGGGAUGACUUUUGUUGGACAAUUAUGUCCCAUCUUAAAAGGUGUAGGUUUCGCCACCAUGACCAUAGUGUUCCUAUUAGAUGUGUAUUAUUGUGUGAUAAUUGCUUGGACUUUAUACUACAUUAUUAGUACUGUUGCGUACCUACCAGUAUUACCCUGGCAAGGCUGUGAUAACCUGUGGAAUACCAAAGAUUGUUUUACUAGUGGCAGUAAUUUAUCGUUUGUCAAUGGCACCAAGAAGUUUUCACCAGUUGAGGAAUAUUUUGACCGACAAGUAUUGGGUAUCUCAGGUGGUUUAGAGGAAAUCGGCGGAAUGCAGUGGAAUAUAUUCGUAUGUUUAUGUAUCGGUUGGAUAUUGGUAUAUAUUAUCAUAAAGAGAGGGUUGCAUCAAAGCGGUAAGAUUAUAUGGUUCUUGGCGCUUUUUCCUUACCUGAUCCUGAUCGUGAUGAUGGUUCGAGCUGUAACAUUAGAUGGUGCAGGCGCUGGUUUGCUGUAUUACGUUGUUCCCAAGUGGGAACAAUUCUUAACACCUGGUCCGUGGGUCGAUGCAGCUUCUCAAAUUUUUUUCGCCUACAGCAUUGGAUGUGGAGCCUUACCAGCACUCGGAUCUUACAACAAGUUUCACCAUAACUCCUAUAAAGACGCUGUGAUAACUUGUGUGGUCAACACCUUCACUUCAGUACUGGCCGGUGUGGUCACAUUUUCUAUUCUGGGACAUUUGGCACACGAGCAAAAUGUAAAUGUAGGCGACGUGGUUAAAAGCGGACCCGGAUUAGUAUUCCUGACGUAUCCGGAAGUCGUUUUGAAAUUGCCUGGAGCACCGUUUUGGGCAAUUAUAUUUUUCAUCAUGCUACUAAUAUUGGGAAUAGACAGUGCUUUCUGCCUCGUUGAAUCUUUUAUUACUGGAUUGAUGGAUAAUUGGUCGACCGUAUUGAGGCCGCACAGGCAGAAGUUCACUGCCACAGUUUGCAUAAUAAUGUUCCUGUUGGGAAUUCCGAUGGUUACUCAUGGCGGAAUGUACGUUUUCCAGUUAAUGGACUAUUAUUCAGCCAGUGGGAUGUCGCUUCUUUGGGUCUGUUUCUUUCAAACUGUGGCCAUUUCAUGGACGUUUGGAGUUGACAAACUGUGCGAUUGUAUCGAACAAAUGAUGGGAACUAGACCGAACAUGUUUUGGAGGAUUUGCUGGAAGUAUUGCGCUCCUAUUGUUAUUGCGGUGAUAUUCGUGCAGCAAUGCAUGGAAUACCAGACGUUGCGUUACGGUGAAUAUAAUUAUCCGUUGUGGGCAAAUAUUUUUGGUUUGGGAAUAAGUUUCUCUUCAAUGUUAUGGGUUCCUGUUUACGCCAUUUACUAUCUACUAACACAGCCGAACUCUAUUAUUCAGAAUUUCAAAGAUGGAUUAAUUCCGGCCAUAAAGCAAAGAAAAAUAUCCAUAUGCGAUAAAACCACUGGCCAACUUAUUACCCAAAGUAAAGUCGGAUUAAUAACGCCGUCCGUUUCUUUGGUGCAAAAUGAGAAACUUAAUUCGUAGAGAAUAGAAACUCAGUCUGAAGCACAUCUCUUAACAAGUCCAAGGAAAAUUUAUCUUCAGCCUUUGGGUUAGUUUCAAAAUGUGUUAAAAGAGACUCUGAAAUGUGAGCAUUAAUGGAUUAAUAGAUGGGCUUCAGCUUUUAUUAAAUAUAGGAGAGAUUUGAUUUUCAGUUCUCGAAACUAAACUUAACUAUUAUAUGUAGCCAUUUAUUUAAGUCGCAUCCGUACUUUCGAAAAUUCUGCAAACUCUUGUGAAAAUUAUAGUUUCACUAUAUAUUUUUUACGUUCUAGUAAAGUCACAGAUAAUUAAAUGUUUUACAUAUGGAAGUUAGAUGGUUUCGUCAAUUAUUUGAUAUGCUAGUUUGUGAUAAAUAAUAUCCAUUAGAGAAAACAUUUCGUAGAAAGUAUCCUAUGUAUGUUAGAUUGACUACCGUAUGUUGCGGUUAAAGUAUUAUUUUUUCCUUAAAACAUAAUACGUUAUGCAUUAUUUAUUGCAAUCAUUAAAGUUAAUAUUAUUAUUCAAAAUACUUAAAUCAUGUGAAUCGGCUAUUGAAAUAAAGAAAUCACUUUUA